AUGCGGUACAACAUCUUCCUCGUCGUGGUCGCCGCGGCUCAUUCGGCCUACGCCGCUACUUACUACGUCUCGCCCACUGGCUCUGAUACCGCCGCGGGUACUCUCGCGGCGCCGUACCGAUCCAUUCAACUUGCGGUCGACAAGGUCGUCCCCGGUGACACGAUCUUCAUGCGUGGUGGAACCUACUCACUUACCACCAACAUCAAGAUCACAAGAAAGGACGGAACAUCGUCAGCACGCAUUACCCUGUCCGCUUACAACAACGAGAAGGUCAUCCUCGAUGGCGAAGCUCUCCCGGGCACUCCGUCAGAAUUGAAUAGUAGUUUGCCUCUUGUAAACCGUGGUGUUCUGCAAGUACUGGCAUCGAGCUACUGGACCUUUAUCAACUUCGAGCUGAUCAACGGCCCGUACGGCGUCUUCCAUGCCAACUCGAGCUACAACCGGUAUGAGCGACUGGUGACUCGCGAGAAUUACGAGAGCGGCUUCCACAUGCAGGGGAUCUGCGAGCGUAACACGGUGCUGUACCUAGACUCGUAUAAAAACCGGGAUCCGCGCCGACUGGGGGAGAAUGCAGACGGCUUUGCGCUCAAAGAAGGCGAGGGCGAGGGGAACUUGAUCAAGGGUGUCCGGGUGUGGGGCAACUCCGAUGAUGGGCUCGACCUGUGGGAAUUCAGGAGCGGCGUGACCAUCGAGGACUCGGUGUCAUGGGGAAACGGGAAUAACACCUGGGGCUUCUCACCCUUCAAUGGCGAUGGGAACGGAUUCAAACUCGGAGGUGGUGACGAUGGAGCUGUUCGCCCUGCCAACCACGUCGUCAGAAACUGUAUCUCCUUCCAGAAUGUCCAGAAAGGCUUCGUCGACAAUGGCCAAACCGGGGUCUUCAACAUCUCCCGCAACUCCGCGUGGAACAACGGGAACGUCGGCUUCUUCAUGGAAUCUUCCACAGCCACCCUCGUCGACAACCUGGCAGUCCGGAACGGGCGCAGCGAGUUCUCAUUCACGGGCGGCUCCCAAGUCACCGCGGGCAACACGUGGCAGAUUGCUGGGACGUGGAACGACGCUGCGCUGAUGAGCACCGACAGCGCGGUCAUAAAGGGACCGAGAGAUGCGGAUGGGAAGAUCCGCUCGAGUAAUUUCCUGCGCCCGAAGAACGGUGCCGCGGUGGGGGCUGUGAUAUGA